GCGUGAGAGAAAGCGAUAUUGUCACUUCUGAGUCUGUGCAGUGGACUGACUUAAUUAAGGUUUGCAUCAUUGACGAUGGCGUGGACGGUUGGUCUCAGUAACCUGGUGUUAGCGAUCUACGGAUUCACACUGAUCACAGGCCUUCCCGCCAACGUCUUGGCUUUCUACACCUUCUUGCAGAAGAUCCGCCAGCGCUCCACCCCGAUAGACGUGCUGUUACUCAGUUUAACCAUCUCGGACCUGAUCUUCCUCUUUUUCCUGCCGUUUCGCAUGGUGGAGGCAGCCAACAUGAAAUGGACGCUGCCUUACUUCCUCUGCCCGCUGUCGGGAUUCAUCUUCUACUCCACCAUCUACAACAGCACCUUCCACCUGACGGCCAUCAGUGUGGAGCGCUACCUGGGUGUAGCUUUCCCCAUUAAAUACAAGCUCAAAUGCAACCCUCGAAACGCCGUGAUAGCCAGCGUCAUAUUCUGGGUGAUCUCCAUGGUGCACUGCAGUAUCGUCUACAUCAUGCAAUACCACGAUCAUUCGAACCCCAACUUCACCGAUCCAUCCAAACGUAACACCUGUUAUGAAGAAUUCAGCACUGAACAGCUCAAGAUCCUCCUUCCGGUUCGCCUGGAGCUUUUCGCGGUGCUCUUCGUCACGCCGUUCCUCAUCUGCUGCUUCUGCUACAUCAAAUUCAUCCACAUCCUCUCCAAUCUGCCCAACAUCAACGCCAAGAAGCGGUAUAGAGCCAUCGGGAUGGCGUUGGGCACGCUUCUGGUCUUCAUUAUCUGCUUCAUGCCCUAUAACAUCUCACACGUGGUUGGAUAUGUAGGCAACUACAGCCCCGACUGGCGAGUGUAUGCGCUGCUCACCAGCACGUUUAACGCGUGCCUCGAUCCGUUCAUAUUCUACUUCUCUUCUUCAGCGCUUAGAGGAACUUUUAAGAACGUCUUCCAGGAGCUGUCGAGGAGGCUGCACAUGCCCUGCUGCCGCUCGCCUCUCUAUUGUCCUCUGCUGAACUGUUCGAGUACAGAGGAGAAAACUCAGAGCACGACCGACAGCUCUCUGUAACAUCACAAGCCGGGACAUGGAGUUUGAUUCAAUUGACCUGCGAAACGUGACUCAAUCUGAGAAGUAUCAGAAGAGCACCAUAUGGGCCAGUAUUUUUCUGUUUUCUUCUGACUGCACAUGUUGAUCAGUCCAAAGCAAAUGAACAUAAUUCUG